AUGUCAGAUAGUAUUGUUACUUCAGAGACGGUCAGUUUAGAUGAAAAUGUCACAGCUAAUGAAGUUGAACAAGGCAUUCUGAUGGAUCAGGAUGAAAAUGAUAAUGAUGAGGCAUUCAGUUACGCAGCGGUUCCCGUAGAGGUAUUUGAGGCAGCUGGUGUUGAUGUCCAAGAUGGUGGAGAAUUAACACAGGAACAGUUGAAUAGAAUUAUGUCCAUCAUAGAGUCUAAUAGUUCAACUCAGGAGUUAAAUUUAAAGAAAGAACAUCAAGAUUCCGUUGUCCAGCUACAUUAUCCGAAAAUUGUAUCCAGUAGUUCUAUAUGUGAAACCAAUCAACGUCUAACGCUGUACAUUUUAAAUGAUGGCUCUGUUAAGCUUGUGGAUUCUCUUCUUCAAAAGGAUUUUUUUUUUUCGUCGAGUGAGUUAGCGAUGGAAAAUAUAGACGUUGAUAAUUUAACGAAUGAAAAUGUGCAAAAGAUCAUGCAAAUGGCUAUGCAGUCGAACGAAACAGCAGUGAUAAAAAAUCGAAGAAGUGCUGGUCAUGAAGAAUCAGCGCGAUCACACUACGUGAUAGAUGAUACCAUGAAACUUUCCAUGUCGGGUGAUUUGAAGAAACCUAGGAGCGGAGAAGAACAUUUCAUGGAGCCACACUCAUCAUUAAUAGGUACGGAGGUUGAAAUCAAACGACAUAAUAAAGUAUAUUCUGCAACAAUUAAGUAUAGCAAACAGAAAGGCGGAUACAAAGUUCAGUUUAGUGAUGGCCAUUUUGAAUGGGUCAAUGAAAGUGAAAUACAAUUACUUAAUGGGAGCAAGCUUACCAAGCAUGGUGAAGAAGAAUCUUAUAGUGAUGCUACAGAGUCUUCAGCUCCGAAAAGCUUAGAUCAAAAUGAUGAUAUAAGAAAUGAUGAAGAUCAGAGAAUCAACGCAUCAGGCAUUGAUCAUCAGCAAGAAGAGCCAAAUUUCUGCUGUGUUGUCUGCGACCGAAAAGUUUACCAAACAGAACCACAGUACAUCGUGAUCAGGAUUCCUGCUUGUGACACUUGCGCAAAAGAGAAAAUAGUAUUGUUAGAUAAUGCAGACGAGAGCGAGUCACAAAAGUCUUCUGUAAAGCAAAAUAAUCAUAUCGCUCCUGCGAAUGAUGGAAAUGGAGAGAGCUAG